AUGGACCGAGAUGAAGACGAUCAAACGCGGCUGAGGAAGAGACCUCGCAAGUCUCGCAGCCGAGGGUUGCGUACGAGAACUGGCUGUUUGACGUGUCGCAAGCGGCACAAGAAAUGCGAUGAGAGGCGUCCAGUCUGCGGACCCUGUACGAUCAGAUCUCGCGACUGUGUCUACCCCGAAACGCAGUCUUCAUUGACAAGCAUUGAUGAGUCCGAAACACAAUCAGGGGACCAGUUAUUCCUCGGUGAUCAGGACUCUCCAGCAGCACUUGAUCCAGACUCACACAGCAACCACCUAGCCACUGACACUGGCCCCAAUAUACAGCCGUCCCUGUCCGCAAACGAUGUCUCACUCCUCGGCGUGGCGGCUCAGCCACUACCUACCUCUACCUGGUCACCAGAUUCAGCCUUCUGGACUGCCGACUUUGCUUCGACGCGAUGGCUUGAUCUGCUCGCCAAUGACGCUGCACAAGCAGAUAGCGGUUUCUCACUUGCCCCAACUCCAGCCUUGAGAGAAGGUGAAGAGAGACCUCCAGACAUUGGAAGUCUUCAAGCACGUUUGUCUCAAGUUGCCCAAGUCGAGCCUACUAGCUGGAAAGCUGGGGUGAGUCCGGCAACCUUGUCGCCGCAUGAGGCUGUCUUACUUCGCCACUUCGCAGAGAAGUGUGCUUUAUGGCUGGACCUUUUUCAUCCCCAGAGACUGUUCUCUACGUAUGUCAUUCGAUUGGCGUUGAAAGACCCAGGACUUCUUCAUGCCAUUCUUGCUCUCGCUGCACGUCAUCGCUCCAAGUUACCCUGUCCCAGCAAUCAUCCCGACCAAGGUGUAGCGGAUAACGAGUCGAUUCGGUAUUACUAUGAGACGCUUCACUACGUACAGGAAGCUCUGGGCUACACAAGCUACACCAACUCAGAAGAGCUUCUCGCCACCGCCAUUGUCAUCUCGUCCUAUGAGAUGCUUGACGAAUCAGAUGGGCGGGGAAACUGGCAGAGACACCUAAAGGGCGUCUUCUGGAUACAGAGAUCUCAAGACGUAAACGGAGGUUCUGGUGGUCUUCGCCAGGCUGUUUGGUGGGCUUGGCUCCGUCAGGACAUCUGGGCUGCGUUCAGGGAAAAGAGACCCUGCCUCAGUUUCUGGGUUCCAGUUCAGGACCUCAGUGAGCUUGAUCAGCAUGACUUGGCAGAGAGAGCUAUAUAUCUUCUCUCUCAGGCGGUGAAUUACUAUGCACAUUCCCAUGCUGCCGUAUCCGGCUCGACAACGAAUCGUCUAGCGCCAGUGGACUUGGGUCGUGCGAGAGUUGACAUUUUGAACAAGAUAGAAGAGCUCAAGUCUCACUUCGGCGAGCAAUACCAACCCCUUCCAUCACCCUCCAAAACCACUGACAUCUUCAAAAGAAUUUGGAUACACCCACCAGAAUUUGGGGCUGCGUUGCAGGCACUUGCAUUUGCGCAAAUAUUGAUAGCGCUUCAUAGUCCAAUACCGGCUGGAUUUAAUGGGUAUCUAAGAAUGCAAAAGACACUCACGCAAUCUGUAGACACCAUCUGCGGGAUAGCUAUGGACUUGAAGGAUGAGGCCUGUCAAAUCGUAUCAGCGCAGUGUCUUUACGGGGCGGGUCUUUGUUUGCAAGAAGCUGAUAAGCGUGAAAAAGUUAUUUCUUUGAUGGAGGCUUGUGAGGCUAGAGUUAACUGGGUCCCUAUGAAGAUGUGGAGAGAUGAUUUGAGAACAGAGUGGUCCAAGGCAGAUCUGGAAGGAAGUCAGGACGCCUUCUGA